CGUGUUACUCUUUUCCCACCUCGGAGCAAGUUGGCGCUGGAUUCGAUGGAAGUCGGAUACAAUAACGUCCUGUGUAACGUUCUACAAAAAACACUGGAGCGUGAAGGGCCGUCCGAGGGUUUGAUUGACAAGAACGGUUCCAGCCGCUUCGUUGUGACGUCACAACAGCCUGCCAGUCGCCGGUGCGCUCUCCACUGACCCCUCCCAUCCAGCAAGACACAGACUGUGACAAGAGCUGUCUUGCCGUGUUGUAGCCUCGUCCCCGCUCUCUACCAGACCACAGAUUGGCUCCUUGUGACGUGCGUGUGACAUCACUGGGGACACACGUGACCGCGCGCACUGCAAAUCAGGUAUAAAGAGCGCGAGAUGUCUCCACAGGCCACCAGGUAGACAGGUGCGAGCUCAAGCACCUGCAGCACCAGGCGAAUUCAUCAUCGACAUUGGCAAGGUGUUGACAGACGACAAACUGCAGUCCACUGGUCAUCUACACGGCAUCGCACAUCUACAGCCAGUCUCCUGUCCCACAGCGCCCUCUAGGGCUGACCUCACGCGCUCUGUGGUGACGCCAUGUCCAGCUCACGUCACAUCCCAUUGCUGCUGUUGGUGACGGCAUGGCCCUGGGUCAGUCCAGCUGCGCCAGUCGUGACGUACAUCUCGCCGUCAUCAGGCGGAACGAACGGCGGCACGCGCAUCACGCUGCACGGCAACGAUUUCAAGGACAACUUCAAUCUUCAGAAUGACCCCACGGCCGGCACGCGCGUCACCCUGGUGGGACAGACUGAGUACCCGUGCACCCUACACCAAGAUGGCGUCACGGCCACCACAGCUACCUGCUACACCAGCCCUAUGGAGGAGGGUGUGUACACUGUGGGGGUGACCGUUGACGGGGUGGCGGUGACGAGGUACUGUGUGGACUCGCCGGACAGGUGCACGUUUCAGGUGUCACAAGCCAACACACCCAGCAUCACUUCCCUGACACCUCGAUCUGGCAAGCCAUACACGCUGCUGCGGGUGGACGGCCGACUGUUCACUUCUCGCUACGGCAGCGAUGAGCUGAGUCAGAACAACAGGGAGGAGAAGAUCCUCAAGGUUUGGGCUGCUGGCCAGUCAUGUGACCUCAAGGACAACGUCACAAACGAGUACUACGGCAUUCAACUCACCGUGGAUGCUAAUCUCAACGGCGACUACGGCUACUUCAGGUGUCUGCCCCAGAAUGACUACAUCGGCAACUACAACCUCAGCUUCCUUGUGGAGGGCGCGUUUGGCAGGUCCAAGCCAGAGCCAGAACUGCUGCUCGUGCGGUCUAACGGUCUCGCCAUGUACCAGACCUACACCGAAAUCUCAGAGUUAUCUGCUCAUAGCGGAAGUACAGAGGGCGGCCUACAGCUUCAGGUAAAGGGAAGCUACUUUGAUGACACCGACAGCGACUUACGUGUGAAGGUCGGCGACACAGACUGUCAGGUGACCAGCUUCAACAGCACUCUCAUCACCUGUGUGACGUCACCUGCUAGCCCUACGUCACAGAAUGUAUAUCUCGGUAACCGAGGGUUACAGAUCACCACUGUAAUGGGACCCACGUCAUUCAGUGGUGUCAUCAACUGGACCAUAGGUGACGUCACAUGGACCGACGAGUCUUAUUUUGUUACAAGCAGAAACGGAAGUCACGUCACCAAGAUGGAGGGAGCGUUCGUCGCCCCCUGGGAUGGCGAUUAUCAGUUUUUCUUGAGGUCCGAUGCCCAGACAAAACUGAGUGUGACUUCACUACAGAAUGGCACUGUGCUGCGCUUACAAAGCUUCCGUGACGUCAUCGUCCUUCGCCGGCGUCGGUCAGGGCACUGGAGACUGACCCUCAGCAAAGGAACUGGGUGCGGGGUACAGGUGCUGGGUGCGUGGAGGGGCAGCGGCCAGAGGUGCGAGUUGUCUGCCCGCCACUACCACACGCCCUACCUGGCGCGUCAAACGGGCGCCGCCGCCUCCGAGAGUCAGGUGCUCCGCUUCAGGACCACCGUCCGCCCAGAAAUCCAGCAAAUAAUCAUCAGAGCCGGCACUAAGGUCCAAGGUCAAGGCAAAGUGCAGACGUUCGCCAUCACUGGUGACCUGGACGCUCCUUUUGUCCUCCGGUUCCUCGGUGCUGCUACAGGGCAGUUCGUACCCAGCUCUGCGAACCCUGCGAACAUCCAGGCGGCACUCAACGCCCUGCCCACCCUGAGUGACCACCCGGUAACAGUGACCAGCGGAAGCAGUGCCAGCGGGGUCACCUACACCGUGACCUUUGCUCCUGAACUAGGUGACGCGCUGUCACUGGAGAUGGCUGCAGCAGACGUCACAAGACCCAUCUCGGUGGAAAGCAACUCCACCCGAGGACAGACAACUCUCCAGUAUUUUCAGCUUGAGCUUGGCGACACGGUUACUGCCCCCAUACCUGUGGGCGCUAAGGCCAGCGAUGUACAAGCCCGGCUGCUGGAGGGGGUGGGAGUGCGGUGUCCCUCCAUUCCGGCGACACGCCUGACUGGCUACGAGGCCGGUGACCAGGCCUUUGGUGCUCAGCCAGUGGGCUAUGUGGAGCCCUUCUGUGGGAGGUUCUCUGGUCUCGACCCUUAUCUUCUGUACCAGACAGACAAAGGCAUCCGAAUUACAUCCUCCACUUCCAACAAGUUCUGUCUGGCCUACAAGGGAGCCGGAGGGGAGGUUCGCAUAGAUUUCCGGUAUUUGACGUCACCGACUGACAAGGAGAUACGUUGGGCUCGCAUCACGUUCACGUUAGGAGACAGUGAGAGGUGGAUGCAGGUGUGUCAGGACAUCUACCGGCCGAUGACAACAGUACAGCCAGCAAGGUUCGACUACGUCUUGUACUACGUCCGGAUGGCGAGUGCAGCCAGUCCUCUGUAUGUUGACGAGGUGCUACUUCUGGACCAAAGGACAUACGACACCAUGGGUCCGGUGGGCGAGCGCCGAGUGAAGCAGAUGCGCCCCAACGGCGCCUUCAUCAAGGACGUCCAGGUGACGGGGUCAGCAAACAACUACUCGGUGACCCUGGUGCCCUAUCUGUGUGGCCAUGACCUGGAGCUGUUCGCCCUAGCGGGGUCAGAUGAGAGCUCGGGUAGCACCACGGCGGACAGCCUCGCCGCCCACUUUGUCCAGCACAGCGGUGACCAGCAGCUGUCCCUUGAUGUCAUCCGGGUGUCUGCGGCCUCCAAACCCGUGUCCGGUUCCUUCAAGGUCACCUUUAAAAACAGCACGUCACAAGACAUACCCGUUAGCCCUGACCCCUCGUCCGACCUGCCGCACGUGAAGGACGCGCUGACCCAGUUGCCGGAGCUGAAGGACAUUGACCUCAAGUUCUCCGGCACCUGCUCCUCUUUUGACUACACCGUCACCAUGACGACACUGGCUGGAGAUCAACCGGAAAUGACGAUCGAUGGCAGCCAUCUUGGCGGAAGUGAUGUCAGCAGCAGCGUAGCAACUCUUGUGAACGGAUAUGCCUGGUUACGUCCCCUGCCAGGAGACACGCUACGGACUAAUCACUCCUUGCCGCAGGUGGUGGUGUAUGUUAAUGACGUACCCACGUCAUGUGCUGACGGUGCCAACUGUUCGUUUACCUGGAGGACGGAAUUUACACCUGUCAUCACAGGAGUCUCCCCCACUCUAGGGAAACGAGGUGACGUGCUGACUGUCACUGGAACCGGCUUUGCUGACACGGAUAACGAGGUGACGAUAGGUGACGUGCAGUGCUCUGUGACGUCCCAGACGGCAACCGCUGUGGUGUGCACCCUGCCUGCUGGACCAGGAGGCCCGUGGCCUGUCAAGGUUUACGUACCGGGCAAGGGGAGCGCUUCCGGUUCAGCGAAUUUCACCUUCCAGUCCAUUGUGUCCAGCAUUUCGCCGGCUUCCGGCAGCACGGCAGGAGGACUGUCACUGAACAUCAGCGGCGAGGGCUUCUCUUCUCGUGACGUCGUCACCAUUGAAGGAAGGACCUGUGACAUCACGUCGUGGACCUCGACUCGCAUCGUGUGCACGCUUCCGGCUGCAGCAACUACUGAUGGCGGUAUUGCUGAUGUCAUCGUGUCACAACCUACCAGCAACCUGUCAGGACUGACAUUUACUUACAACACGUCACUGACUCCUGUCAUCACUGACGUCACACCUACCGUCGCCCAUGCAUGGGGUGGCGAACACGUGACCAUCACGGGCAGCGGCUUCACUGGACACGUCCGAGUAUUUUUCGAUCAGGAGGAAGUAACUAUCAGGUCUUCUACAGGAGGGGAGAUAAUCGUAGAACUUCCGCCCUUGCGUCCACGCUCAUACGCUGUGCGACUUUUUGUGGAGGGCAUUGGACUGGCGGACACAAGAGUUCACUCCGUUCCUAACGUCACUGUAACGCUAAAGGUGACGUCCGUGACGCCACUGCUGGGCUCCCUGUAUGGCGGCACCGACGUGACGCUGGAGGGACAGGGCUUCGGCACCAACGCCAGUCAGGUGCAGGUGUUGGUGGGAAAGGUGUGUGCGGUGCAGGAGGUCACGGACAACCGCAUUAAGUGUCGUGUCGGGUACACCGGCAACACCUUCGUCGUCACCAACCAGGGUGUGCACACCUACUACGACUUCACGCCCAAGCAGCUGACCAUCCAAGUGGGCGACUGCGUGCGCUGGACGUGGACCACGCCUUUCUUCGUCUCUGACAUCGCCUUCGCCAUCAGACAGACAGACAGCGACACCAGCGUCCUCACAACCGACGACGGCUUCGCUUCGCCUGGUCCGCGAUCGCGCAAUGGAAUGUACACGCACUGCUUUAACGUGGCGGGAGACUACUCCUACUGGAGCGGCUACCUCAACGACUACAACAACAACUACAUCAGGGGUCAGGUCAGGGUCAGGCCUCGCCCCAACAGUCUGGCCGACAUCCGGGUCAGCAUCUCAGGCAUGGAGGCUGACUACGAUACAGCAGCCUCUACGAAUUCCUCGUCAUCAGAGUCCGGCACCUGUCAGCCCCAAGAGGGUCCGCUGGUGAACUGUACUCCCCAAGUCUUGACUCGCGAUACCAGCUUCUUCCAGUUUCAGUACGACGUGUGCGUCACGCCAUACGUCACCGGCAUCAGCCGACGUAACGCCACCACACGUGAUGACGUUGUCCUGACUGGCCAGGGCUUCGGUGACGAACUGUGUCAGAAUGAGGUUACCUUUGGGUCGAUUGGUCGGGGUGACGUCUCCGCAGUGACAUCAGACAGUCUGACGUUCUCCAUCUCGACCACCGGCCCUCCACCCGUGGCCUCAUCCGAGUACGUGGCUGUGCGCGUCAGUAACCUUGGCAACGCCCUGGUGGCGGUGGCUGGAGAACCGGGCAGACGUCUCCGUCUCCUCCCAGCCAUCUGGAGUGUGACCCCCAGCAGGGGGUCGAGAGCUGGCGGGACGACCGUUACACUCACCGGCAGCGGCCUGACCCCGAGGGCGGACAGUGUCAUGGUUACCAUUGGUCAAGGCAUGUGCUCCGUGAUAUCCGCUUUAGACACGGAAGUGACGUGUAAGACUGCUGCAUCUGACGUCAGUGUGAACACGACUGUGUCAGUUGUGACGUACGUGGGUGUGACGGCGAUCCCCGUGCAGUGCUUAGACGGCGCCUGCAGCUUCGAGUACGCUGAUGACGUCACACCACGCGUCUACAACGUGAGCCCGGCGUCCAUCAACUCCUCUAACGUCACCAUAACGAUCAUCGGGGAGCGUUUUGGGAGCGAUGUUAGCAACGUCACAGUGAAUGUAGGGGGCGCAGUGUGCGCGGUCGUCAGCGCCAGUGACUCGGAAGUCCAGUGCAUCCUGGGAAAUGUAGCCGCGGGUCGCUACAGCCCUCAGGUGACUGUUGAAGGUAAGGGCCUGGCCUCGGUAAGUUCUAACACAUACGUCACGAGUGAGGCCGUCAUCACUCAAGUCUCGCCCACACAAGGCAGCCUUCACGGCGGAACUGACGUCACAAUUACGGGCUUUGGCUUCAGCCAGUCGACUUCUGUGACGAUUGGUGGCACCACCUGUCUCGUGACGUCACGCACGGCCACAGAAAUGACAUGCGUGACAUCCGGCCACACGGCUGGCCAAGCUCAACUGAGAGUGACGUCAAAUGACGUGAACUUUCCCGAACAGGUGUUUACUUACAGCAAAUCGAUGACGCCGGAAGUGACAUCCGUGAACCCCUCAACGGGCCAGGCCAACACGCACGUCACUAUCACAGGGAGCCACUUCUCUUCCAACGCUAACGACAACAUCGUCACCAUCGGCAACCAGACUGCUACUGUGACGUCAGCCAGCACGACGUCACUACAAGUCACGGUGGGCAGUCACGUGACAGCGACCGUCCCAGUAGUCGUGCGCGUCCUGGGGUUGGGCCAGUCAGGGAGUGACAUCACGUUCACCUAUCAGCUGGGACCCGUGGACAUAAGUCCGACCAGAGGAACCACGGCCGGUGGUCAGACGGUCACGCUGACCGGAAGUGGCUUCUUGCCGGGCGCCACUAACGUCAUCAUCUGCCAGUCAGCCUGCAAGCCCCUCCCCUCUACUCCCACCACCUCCACGGCGCACGUCUGCUCCACACCACCUGCCGCAGAGGGUGCUACGACCGUUUGUAACGUCACUGUCUCCGUGAACAACGUGACACAGACGUCUGCAUCCCAGUACACGUACAGUCCUGACGUCACGCCAACAGUUGAGAGCGUGUCACCGACAAGAGGGGGGACAGCCGGGGGCACAGUCAUCACAGUCACUGGCAGAGGAUUUGGGUCAACUGUGGCUGACGUCGCCGUGACGGUAGGUGACGUCGCGUGUGAUGUCAUGACCGUGACUGAUAGUCGUCUGACGUGUCAGACCAACGCCUCCCGCUCCGGUAAAGCCGAUGUGAACGUCAACAUCCGGGGCUUUGGAAACGCUAUCAGGCGCGCGGGAGCUGUGUUCUGGUACAUCGACUUGUGGUCAUCGCGCUUUACAUGGGGCGGAGAAAACCCGCCGGUAGAGGGCGACCUUGUCGUCAUUCAAAAGGGUCAGAUCCUGCUGCUAGACGUCAGCACGCCGAGACUGGCUUCCUCUUGAUACAGGGUAGGUUCGCUGAUAUUCGACGAGGCCAACCUUGAGCUGCAUGCUGACAACAUCCUCAUCACAGACGGAGGAGCACUGCAGGUGGGAACAGAAGCGGCGCCUUUUCCUCCCGCCUUCACCGCCAAGAUCGUGCUGCACGGCCAUCUCAACUCGCAGGAACUGCCUAUCUACGGCACCAAGGUGCUGGCCCUGCGCAACGGCACCCUGGACCUGCAUGGUCAUCCCACACCAGUCACGUGGACAAAGCUGGCCGGCAGUGCUCAUGCUGGUGACACCCAGAUCUCGCUGAUCACCCCGGUGAACUGGCAGGUCGGCGACGAGGUGGUGCUGCCCUCUACUGGACACCGGCACAGUCAAAUCGAGAACGAGGUCCGUACGAUAGCGGGGGUCAGCGCUGACGGCCUGACCUUGACCUUAGCCAAACCUUUGACUUACGACCACGUGACUGUGAGACAAGAGUUCAGUGAGGGCGGUGAGGUGUGGACACUGGACCUGCGGGGGGAGGUGGGGCUGCUCACCCACAACGUCAGGGUGCAGGGCUCCGUCAACGACGCCUGGUCCACAGCCAUCCCGGCCUGCCAGAAGGGCUUCGACACAGGAGAGUUCGCCGUGCAAACGUGUUUCCAAGGACGCUUCGGGGCCGAGACGAGCAGCGACCAGUUCGGUGCACACAUCAUGGCGCAUGCGCCAGCACGUGACUCGGGGGCCGCCGUCCUACGUCUGAGCUACGUGCAGGUGUCGCACGCCGGACAGGCCUUCCGCCUGGGGCGCUACCCGGUGCACGCGCACCUCAACGGCGACAUGAGCGCCUCCUAUGUCCGCGGUCUCGCCAUCUUCAACAGCUUCAACCGCGCCGUCAACAUCCACGGCUCCUCCAACCUCCUCGUCGAACACGUGGUUUUGUACAACAUCAUGGGAGGCGCUUUCUUUCUGGAGGACGGCAUUGAAACCAACAACACCUUCCAGUACAACCUCGCUGUUUUCGUCAUUCCUUCGUCGUCGCUACGUAACGAUGACAUCACGCCCGCGGCCUUCUGGGUGACGAACCCCAACAACGUCAUCAUUCACAACGCUGCCGCGGGUGGCUCGCACUUCGGGUACUGGUACCGCCUGAAGGACAACCCCGAGGGACCCAGCUUCACGGCCAGCAUCUGCCCCAAGCACGUGCCUCUGGGAAGGUUCGAAAACAACUCGGCGCACUCGCUGGGUCACUUCGGUCUCUGGAUCUUUGAGAAUUACUUCCCCCACAAGGAUGGCAGCUGUGACGCAAACGCCCAAACCCAGGUGGCCGUUUUCCGGGGGCUGACGGCGUGGAACUGUGACAAGGGGGCUGAGGGGGUCAACACGGGAUCCGUGCAGUUUCACGACUUCGUGUUGGUCAACAACGAGAAGGCUGGGUACGAGGGCAAACUCAUCCUCCAUACCUCCCAGUAUGACGUCACCGCCGGUCCGCUUCUCAAGAACGCGCGCAUCGUGGCGCACCUGGGAAGUGGGUUGCGGCAAGAAGGUGACGUACAAUGCAUGCAGUCCGGGGUGGUGCUGCCCUUCCUUGACGGCUUCAUGGUGCUGGACACGCACUUCUACAACUUCAACCGCAGCACGUGCGCAGCCUUUGCCUUCACGCGCAUCAUCGGCACGUGUGUUCACAUCUGCGGCGGCUUCCGCUACGUCACCUCCGGACUGAGCUUCAGCGAGUCGCCACAGAAGGUCAGAUUCGAGUGGGAGUCCGAGGGCGUCAUCCAUGACAUGGACGGCUCUCUGACCGGCUCGCCCAACUACAAGGUCAUCCCGACCACCGGCACCCUGCCCCCCGACCACUGCUCCACUAGCGCCGCCAUGUCGGUGGGUGUGCAGGGCUCCGUGUGUGACGUCACGCUCCACUUCCAUCGCUUUGCCUUCAACAACAUCCUGCCCACCUCACUCUUGGCCAAGAAUGCUCUCUUCUCCAACAAGCACGGGGUGACGACAGUGCAGUUCACCGACAAACACCUGACGCACCACAACGCCUGGAUGACGGUGCUGGUGGAUGGCUUGUGUUACGGACUGACCUUUGAGAACGGCGGUCAGAUCACCAACGUCAGCUACGACAGCGUCUUCUACCAGUUCAACCCAGGUGACGUGCUGUGCUUGAGACAAGCAGCCGACAAGCCGGACCGCUUCAUGGUCAACGGUGUGACUGCCAUCCCCAUGUCCUCUGACCUGCCGGACAUUCGUAACGCUUCGCACGGCCAGUGGUUCUACAACGAGACGGACAGACAGCUGGUGUACUACAUCAAGCGCGCGGCGCGUCGCAAGCGCUCAGUCAUCGUGGCCUUGAGCGAGAACGACCUGAGCGUCAACCUGAGGGCGUACCGCUGUUACUAUGACAACUGUCAGCCACCGCAAGACCCCGUGGCCGUGACCAUGACCCCUGGUAACGCCAUCCGCUGGUCGCAAACCUCGUCCUGGGACUGGCGCGGCAGCAAACCAGCUCAAGGCGAGAACGUCACCAUCCCUAAAGAUAAAUGGCUGAUUAUCGACGAGGAGAUUCCCCCGCUUGACUUCCUGGACAUUAAGGGAGGACUGUCCGUGAUGGAGAACUUUACGUCACUGCACGUCACACUUGAGGUCAACUACAUCAAGGUCUCGGGGCGACUGGUGGUCGGGUGGCAGAAUCUACCCUUCCGAGGAAAACUUCGUAUUCGCCUAAGGGGAGACUAUUCUACCCCACCGUACCCUGUCAAUGAUGGCGCACCUCUUGGAGCCAAGUUUCUCGCUGUGUACGGUGGCCUUGACCUCCAUGGGAUUGAUCCUGGAGUAAAGUGGACACGUCUGGCGCUCACAGCACCACCUGGUGCCACGACUCUGACCUUGGCUGACCCCGUGACCUGGUCAGUGGGCGACGAGGUGAUGGUGACGACCUCUGACUUUGAUCCUUGGCAUACCGAGACUUUCCAGCUGACUGCCGUGGCUGGCAACCUCAUCACCCUCAACUCUUCCAUACAGUUCCAGCAUCUCGCUUACAGCAAACAGCUGACGUCAGGCCUUGACCUCAAACUGUCGUCACGCGUGGCGCUGUUGACCCGCAAUAUUGUCAUCGAGGGCGUGGCCUACGACAGCAUGGACAAUCAGUCCUUCGGGGCCCGCGUGUUGGUCGGCAGGGGCGUGGAGGAUGGCGUAUCCCUCAGUGGGUUCGCCCGACUCGACAACGUGGAGUUUUACCGAAGUGGUCAAGAAGGCUUCACGGAGCCCUACGACCCCCGCUACUCGCUGGCCUACGUCGACGUCUACAACAACCCGAGUCUUGGCUUCCAGUCCUACGUCCGCGACUGCAGCUUCCACAACGGCUUCUCCCCCGCCAUCGGGGUCUUCGGCGUCCCUGACCUCGAGGUCAUCGGCAACGUCAUCCACCACGUAGUGGGGAUGGGUAUUCACACUACGUCAUCUCGCACUAUAAUAAAAAACAACCUGGUGGCCUUGACCCUGUGGCCGGGGUCAUACCAGGGUCGAGAAGAGAGCGAAAACAUUCAGUUUGACGGGGCGGUUGAGGCCACCCAAGCCAGUGGCCUGGUUCUGCGGGGCAACGUGGUAGCCGGGUGUGAGCGUGUCGGGUACCACCUACCCGGCCAGCAAUGCGGCGUCAGCAGCAGUGACGUGUGGGCCGAUAACGAGGCUCACUCCUGCCUUCUAGGGGUCGCUCUCUUUUCGGUUGACCCCGUCGUUAACUCCACCUGUGUACGCUUCUCUGGCUUCCAGGUGUGGAGGAACCGGGACUGGGGGCUGUACAUCAAUCACGGACCCUCCCAGCGCAUCAGCGACGUCGUGGCUGCUGAAAACGGCGCAGGAUUUAUCCCCUUCGUCCUCGGUCCGUCGGCAACAGGCCACGCCUACCAGGACAAAGACGUGGUGCUUAGCAACAGCGUGUUUGUUGGCAGGACGGAGACCUUCACGUGCGCUGUAAUGGCAACGGGUUCCAGUGACGUCAACGUCCGGCUCAGCUCGCAGGCCCGAGGAUGGCGUUACGGGACGUGUGGCAUGACUGGGGUUGUCUUUCCCUCUUUCACAAGUGGUUCCAACGGUUCCCCGAAGAAGCCCUUCACGGGUAUCAUGGCCUACCCCACCAUCAAGGGCGUCAUGCGCCUGUCCAAUGUGACGUUCGCAUUGUACAAGACCGAUAGUGCUGGGUCACGUGACUUUGCCAUCUCUACUAACCCCGGAAAUGACGACGGACAGCAUCCAAUCCACGUGCAGUCUCUCCGCUUGGAGGACGUUGAGGACGACAGCAAGGUCUUCAUGCACGAGCCGAACCUUGGCAAGGUGAACCCAUCUGAUUGCGUGGACAUGGACUGUGACGGUCUGAAGAAGUCCAUGAUAGUUGACGAGGAUGGGUCUCUGCUGGGGGCAGCAGGCUAUGUCCUCCCCAACUCCGCCUUCCAGUGGAACAACGACACUGGUCACGGCGUGGGAGACUUCCGGAUUCCUAAGGCCAUGCUGACAGACACAGAUGGCACGAAGCUGGAUGUGAAGGACAUCGCCCCAUUCAAAGGAAUAUACGGCACAAAGAACUGCACCUGGAUGGUGACGUGGAACGCCUACCUGUGCGGCAGCAAGACUCGCUACGUCAUGGCGAUCAUGGAGAGUCUUGACGAGGACACGGAGACACGGCGACUGUCACCAGUGGCGCUGCUGUCUGGUGGCUACGUGGACCUCAUUAACGGUCCUCAGGACCACGGCUGGUGCUCUGGCUAUACCUGCAGGAAGAGGUUGUCUACCUUCAUGGCGCUGCUGCCGCUAGUCAAUAAGUUCUACUUCCGGUCACGUGGCAGGAAAGCGUACGGACGUGUACCUGACGAGCACGAUGCCCAACACCAUGCGCUUCUCCUGUUGAACGCGGAGCGCGAUGACUGCGUGCUGCUCAGCCUGUGGAAGUUCCAGCCCAACCGUCUGGACGUGUACGUCAACGACACCUACCGCCCUCCUGUCAACGGCUACACGACCAAUGGCAGGUUCUUCCUGCGGCCAGAAAACACCCCGGGAGAGUUUAUUCCUCGAUUUGAGAACAAGACGAUGGGAGACAAUUACCUGUCCAUGAGCGAGAAGAAGCUGUUCUGGAUGAUGUGCGGCCCUGACCCCAUCAAGAUCCAACUGGUUGAUGUCAUCGUGCUCAGCAUGACCUUUCCCGCCCUGCCGUUAGCGAGCAGGAGUUCUUUGGCGAGCAAAUCAUCCAGAACAUCGCCCUCUUCUUCAACAUUCCUUUCACAUAUUGAGCAGGCGAGCGUGAGGGUCGCCAACAUCGUUCGUGACGAUUCGACGUCAUCAGGGCGCAGACGGCGAUCGACGGGCACGCUGAUACUUGUGGUGGAGAUCGGGGACGGCCCGCAGAAUGAUGGGUCACACGUCGAUCUGGAGGACACGGCUGAACGCCUGCUGAAGGUGAUACAACUCAACGGCUUGAGUGACGUGGUACAGGCGCCAGUCUCCUACGUCACCCUUGUGGAUCCCUCAGCCGGUUCUGACGCCGGCCCCAUCACCGUGCAGCGCGUGGGCAACCUGACUCUGACGUCACAUCCGGCCGGCGCGGUAGAAGGUCGAGCGUUUAGCGUACAGCCGGUGCUCAGCGUCUUCGACGAUGAGGGACACACAUGGCAAGCCGUCCUGGAGCUCGCUGCUCCAGAUGUUUGUCCGGGACCUCUCCGGGGCAUGACCUCCGUCACCUUUGAUCCUGCCACAGGAAGGGCAGAGUUCACGGCCAUACAGCUGAGUCAAAACGGAGUUUGUCCUCUGCGACUGACAGUGAUCUCGAGUCCGACGGAGUACAUUAUCACCUUUGAGCUCUUCCCCAACCUCUUGACCCCUGCCCAGCGCGACCUUCCCCGAGAGAGCUCUAGCGAGAUGGAGCUGAAGUUUGACAUCAACUAUGACGUCACCAAGGCGCCAUACCAAGCGGCUGUUGUCCGGAACUACGUCAACAGCAUGGCGGGCGUGGUGGUCACCAGGCACACGUACAGGAGCGGCAGCUUGAUAGUGAGCCUAGUGCUUGAGGGCACGACGUCUGGCGUCACAUCCGCUCUGAGCAGCGUGUGUCACAACAUUGCUAACGGUACGACCUUGACCUACGGUGGCACUACCUUGACCUUCUCACCCUACAUGUCCGUGAAUGGAGCCUCCUACUACGGCGUUACGUGCGGCUCUCAGGCGACGUCCGAGAAGCUGCAUCCGGGAAUCAUUGCUGCCAUUGUGAUCGCCUGCGUUGCUCUGGUGUUGACGGUAGUCCUGAUGCUACUGUGGAAGUUCAAGGUCUACCCUCAGACGAAAACAUAUGACACAGAGCACACGAGUCUGGGCAGGACAGGGGUCAGUCUCUCUGAGCAGCGAGGACACAUUCCUGAGCUUCAAGACUCGCGCCAUGCUGGCGACCCCCAUCCCACCGCUGACAACGGACAUCAAGAACCAGCCCCCGCCGCCAUCCUCAGAGCUUGACCCCAGAGCUGACCCCAGGCGUGCGCACUGUGACCCCCGUCCCAGCCGAGACCCUGUCCACCCAGCGCGCCGUGUUCGCCGGACCUCGACUGCGCCCCAGCUCCACGGAGAAGCUGCUGUCGCCCUCGCCAACUGCCGGGUACUGAUGCCCCGGGCUGUCGUGGACUCCGGUGACCUCUGGCAGCGUCCAAGACAUUUCUUAGACCUCACGACCCUUGCUUUGUGUCCUUAUCGCGUGUUAUUACUGUUCUAACCUUGUCAUUAGCAGUGCUAUAACUGUCAUAACUUUCAACUACACAACACUUGACGGGUCACUUGAUGGUGGCGACAGUGUUCUCCCAUAAGUACGCUGUGAAUAUGCUAAUCUCAUCACGUUUGUACAAUGUCCACUGUAUUUUCUCAGAUAACAGCAAGUAGAGAUAAUAUAUAAUAGAUUACAUAUUUUUAAUGCUUAUUAAACACUUUCUUGGAGACAAGCAAUAGACACUCAGUUAAUAGCAGUAUUUAUUAAGGAUUAUCAAUUAAUUUUGUCAGCUAGAAGCUGUCGGACAAGAUGAAGACUACUGAAGUAUAGAAUUGUAAAAACAGAAGGAAGAAGCGAGUCGUCUCUGGACUGCUGUCUGACAAGUGCGUGCACAUAAGAAUCACGUGAUUCACAAUCGGAAGCUGACUGGUGGAAUCGUUAGUAACGGAAACAGCAAAAACUCAGCUUUUUACAAACGCUGCACCUUUUUUGCGAUGAGUAUGUAAGUUCCAGUGAUACACAUCAAAUGCAUCUUUAUGGAAAUGUUUUUAACUAACGUACACUUUAAAAAGUCUCCCUGUAUUCAUGUUAUGGCCGACAUAUUUUUUCUGGUAUAAUAUCCGUCCUAAGCAUGUAACCUCCUGCACAUUGGUGUUUGGAUUGUAUUUGCGUCCUAUUCUUCAUGUAUAUAUAUACAUGACUAAUAACUUGCAAACAUUUUCUCAUGAUGACGCGCACUUACUCACAUAUCCUGAAAUCAUCAAAAAGAACCACAAAAGCUAUUAAAACUCUACAACCACCUGUACAACUGUACACCUGUACACCAAGAAAGCGCGUUUCUGACACGAAAACGAAAAGUGCACAUACACAGCAAGACAACUACAACUACAACACCUUCUCUUCACGCCAUCGCAGCUCAACACUACAUUGUUUCUUGAAAACUAAUAAUGGUGAUGUAAGACAGUCUACACAAACCGCCUCAGAAAGUUGUUGAUGCUGAUUUGUUAUGCACCGUCUUCUGUUGUGGGUGUAUUUACUGUGAUAAUAUGCUGUGUAGUGUUUCUGGGACUUGAAUACUGUGAUAUCCUUUGUUUUCUACAUCUACGAACUUCGAUUAAAUGCCUUUUGUUCUUUUAUUUUCUCGUUCUUUUUCAUAUUCGACUUUUGCAUUAUAAAAUAAAGCUUUGGAAAAAAUCAA